CAACCAUGGGGUGCAUUAAAAGCAAAGAAGAUAAAGGUCCAGCCAUGAAAUACAGAACUGAUAAUACUCCAGAACCUGUUAUUUCCCACGUCAGCCAUUACGGAUCAGACUCCAGCCAAGCAACACAGUCACCGUCAAUAAAGGGAUCAGCAGUUAAUUUUAAUAGUCAUUCCAUGACUCCUUUUGGAGGGCCCUCAGGAAUGACACCCUUUGGAGGAGCAUCAUCUUCAUUUUCAGCUGUGCCAAGUCCAUAUCCUAGUACUUUAACAGGUGGUGUUACUGUAUUUGUGGCCUUAUAUGAUUAUGAAGCUAGAACUACAGAUGACCUUUCAUUUAAGAAAGGUGAACGGUUCCAGAUAAUAAAUAACACGGAAGGAGACUGGUGGGAAGCAAGAUCCAUUGCUACGGGAAAAACGGGCUACAUCCCAAGCAAUUAUGUAGCUCCUGCAGACUCCAUUCAAGCAGAAGAGUGGUAUUUUGGUAAGAUGGGCAGGAAGGAUGCAGAAAGGCUACUUUUAAAUCCUGGGAACCAGCGUGGUAUUUUCUUAGUGAGAGAGAGUGAAACAACUAAAGGUGCUUACUCCCUUUCCAUACGUGACUGGGAUGAGGUCAGAGGUGAUAAUGUGAAACACUACAAAAUCAGAAAACUUGACAAUGGUGGAUACUAUAUCACAACCAGAGCACAAUUUGAAUCUCUACAGAAGUUGGUGAAACACUACAGAGAACAUGCCGAUGGGCUGUGUCAUAAGCUAACAACUGUGUGUCCCACUGUGAAACCACAAACACAGGGACUAGCAAAGGAUGCCUGGGAAAUUCCUAGAGAAUCCUUGAGGCUGGAAGUAAAGUUGGGCCAAGGAUGUUUUGGUGAAGUAUGGAUGGGAACGUGGAAUGGAACCACAAAAGUAGCGAUCAAGACACUAAAACCUGGUACAAUGAUGCCAGAAGCUUUCCUGCAGGAGGCUCAGAUCAUGAAGAAAUUACGACACGACAAACUUGUUCCACUAUAUGCCGUUGUUUCUGAGGAACCAAUCUACAUCGUCACUGAAUUCAUGACAAAAGGCAGCUUGCUAGACUUCCUUAAAGAAGGAGAAGGGAAAUAUUUAAAACUCCCACAGCUGGUCGACAUGGCUGCUCAGAUUGCUGAUGGCAUGGCUUACAUUGAAAGAAUGAACUACAUCCACAGGGAUCUCCGGGCAGCUAACAUUCUUGUAGGAGACAAUCUUGUGUGUAAAAUAGCAGACUUCGGUUUAGCAAGGUUAAUAGAGGACAAUGAGUACACCGCAAGACAAGGAGCUAAAUUUCCAAUUAAAUGGACCGCUCCAGAAGCAGCACUGUAUGGUCGGUUUACAAUCAAGUCGGAUGUGUGGUCAUUUGGAAUUUUACUGACAGAGCUGGUAACAAAGGGGAGAGUGCCAUAUCCAGGGAUGGUGAAUCGGGAAGUUCUGGAACAAGUGGAGCGUGGAUAUAGGAUGCCUUGCCCACAAGGCUGCCCAGAGUCUCUCCAUGAGUUAAUGAAACUGUGUUGGAAGAAGGACCCUGAUGAGAGACCAACAUUUGAAUAUAUACAGUCUUUCUUGGAGGACUACUUUACUGCUACAGAACCACAGUACCAGCCUGGAGACAAUUUAUAAGCCAACAGUCUAUGUAACAUGCACAAAUCUGCCAAAUGUAAAAGACUUGCAAAGAAUUCCUGACAUCUAUAAGGAAUCAAAGGAAAGAAAAUCUUCGCUACUUUGCAUGCUCUUAAUGGCAAACUGGAAUUUCAUAAUGCAGUUGCACAAAACCACUUUUAAAGUGUUAUAAUCUAAUUUACCAAUGACAUGUUUUUAUUUUUUUUCCUCUUUCCCAACUUAUUUUCAGGGUCCAAAGGAAGCUUACUGAAAAUAUGGGGUAGAAAAAUGAGUGUUGGUGUGAACAAUAGCAGAAAAACCAAUGUUUCAAAUCCUUUAUUUUCCCAACAUUUGAUAAUCAUUCUACUAAAGAGGGAAUUGUCUGGAAUUAGUGAUCUUGGGGUAAGACAUUUUUAAAGCAGAAGAACUUUGUGGGACCAAGUAAUUCUAUUCCAGUUCUGUAA